CCCCUCCCUAGAAAAACUAGGAUCUCCCAGCUGUCUUUAGUAGAUUCCAAUAUGGCCGCUCGCUCAGUACAGUCUCGUCAGGUAAGUGUGUAUGACAACAAAAUAAAGGCUUAGAUUAUACUUUGUUAGAUAAAUUCAGCAACCUUUUCCAUUAGCAGCCAUCCAAGAGGCCAACAGACACCUUUUUGUGAAAUUGUGUCAGAAAUUCUAUUCAAAAGCAAACUUGGAAUUAGACCGAUGGUCUGUAUCAUCAUUAGCGUAAUUUUCGAAAACUAGUUUUGACUGAUUGAUUGAUCGAAUUUGCGCUUAAUUUCUAGGCUGCGGUCAUUUUAGAUGGGAUCCACACAGAAGUUAUAUGUUGCUGUUAUCAAGACAGAAUUUUUGUGAUUGUUUCUCAAUUUGAGAAGAUUGGCACUUUGGUAAGACAUAAACAAGCACUGCUUGAUCAACAUUGCCCCUUAAGGUGGUGUGUGUGUGGGGAAGGGGGAAUUCACAUAUGAAAGAGAUGUGGGUGCUUGUCAAAAAAUUAGAAUUAAACCAGCUAGAGGAUGACCAAUCUGGGUGCAGUUCAGGCUUUACUUGACCAGUAAAGGACAGGGGCGGAUCCAGGAUUUUUUUUAGGAGGGGGUGCACUCGUCUCUUAUUCUACUUCAACACCAAUAAACCACGUAGUUUUUUUAUUUUUUUUUUUGCAGAAUACCAGUUGUAUUAGAAAACCGCAGGUCAUCUAAGGGGGCGGGGGGGGGGGGGGGGGGGGGGGGGGGGGGGGGGGUGUGCACCCUCUGCACCCUCCCCCUAGAUCUGCCCCUGAAGGAGGCCUAUCCAGAGAAUAGCUAACAUUUGAUGAACAUGCUACCAGGGUUUCCCUGUAAAAUGACAUGUUAUUGCCCAGAUCUGGUAGAGCUUCUGAUUGGUUGAAAAUUUGCUUCAUUCAAUCUGAUGCAGAUCUGAGUGGUAACACAUCAUCAGUAUGGAAUUUUUGUGCUACUUCCUCAGUUAUCAUUUCGCAGUGAAACCAGUAGCCUGCGAAAACAGCCGUUUCUCCUCGCUCUUCACUGCUGGGGCGUUUUGUGCAGAGGAACAUCUGUGUCUCAGCAACAGAAAUUCUAUAGAAAAAAAUUCUAUAUAAAACCUGCCUAGAAUCCGGUCAGACGCGCUGAUAGGGAGACGGUGUAGUUACACUGUUUUAGUUACUGUUUAUGAAUGACAGACAAAAGACAAAAGGCCACAAAGGUCAAAUGUAAGCAAUGGAUCUCUAACAAAACAGUCAGUAUUUGUGGAAUAUAGUCUUGUCUAGAAGAAGCCUUUGAGUUUUGCCGGAGCUCAUUAGCACAUGAACACAACACUUUACCAAAAUCAACCAGGAGAAACGUAAAAUUGAACAAAUUUGCAUUUGGAACCCCAUGACUACCGGAUUUAUAAUGUUAACAUUGAUUUACAUCAUCAGUAUGGAAUUUCUGCCACUGAGUCACAGACGUUCCUCUGCAUGAAAUGUCCCCAUUGGCGAAGAGCGAGGAGAAGGGACUGUUUUCGCAGGCUAUGAAACCAGUGGUGGUGUCAUAAAAUGUGGACUAAAGGAGACUAAAUUCCUACACAGCAUCAUGCCAUUUGUUUUUUUGUAUAGAUACUUCCUUUAUGCACAACCCUAUAGGGAUACCUUUAUGAGUAAAAAUAUGGGCUUGCUGUUCACAGAUAAGUGUAAAUAAACUGUCCAGCACCAAAGAUGCUUCAGCCACAGGGACGCAAACAUUCAGCACUAAAACACUUAUAGGGAUUGAUGAGGUAUGUAUUAUAUUUCCCUUUUUGAAAAAUAUAGGUUAUCAGUAAAAAGCUGUAAUAAUAAUAUUGAGGUUGUGUUGUAGACAAUGCUCCACUGGAUGUGAUUGGUUGUAAUGGGUUUAGUCCUGGGUUGGGAGCACACUGCUGGGACUAUAGAAUCCUUCAGACCAUUUUCAGCUGGAUUUUGGAGCCCUCAUCCUUAUGCAGUGGAAGAGAGUGAGAACCUUCUUCCUGUCUGUCACUCCAGGGUCAAGCAUGAGAGGACCCUGGGAAUGAGUUUGAACACAACUUAGGGUUGUGACUUUGUCUCAGUGCUGGUAUGAUUUAUCUUUCAGGAAAUCUGGCAUGUUUAUGCCAAGCAGAUAGCAAAGCUGAUCAGUGAGAGCUCUAGUAAGCCAGUUCUUCUGGGUAUUGCCCUCAAGAAACAUUCACCACAGAUUUUACAGCAGAUCCUACAUCUUCUGCAAGCAAACAGAGUUUGGUGA